CCCGCUUUCUCAUCCCACUGCGCACAAACACAUCGGCUCCGUGUAUUUGAACAACAACCCACGGAGUUCUUGAACGAACGUUGUUCAGACACGCAAGGCGAGCGACGCAGUUGGGAACGCUCUGGCAAGGGCAGGGCGCGUUUUGGAGUAAAGUUGCAGUAGUGUGUGUGAUGCUGGGGAGGAAGGGAGUGAGAAGAGCACACUUUGUGGGUCUCACAUCAAGCUGCGAGACAGACGAUGUUGGUUCGUCUACCGAGACGCGUUGCAGCGCGCCAACUGUGUGUGUAUACGGUCCAAUUCUUGGCACUCGAUUUUAGAUCAUUCACUUUCUGGGUACUUUUCAUCAAGUGAAUGAGCACGAUUGUAUUUUUUUUUUAAAGGUGGCUUUAAAAAAAAGAGACAUGCUCAUUAACACGCGUCAUUGUUGUCGUUUAUAGGAGGGGGAAAUACUCAAAUCAAGUUGUUAACGAGCCCCCCUUUGGCAUAACAGCAACUGCGUGCGCAAACUUGUUCCAGUCUUGACAGUAUGAGCAAGUGACUGCCGAGCGAGUCUUGGCCUCUCCGCCUUGUCCCCUGCCUCUCUCUCCUCUGGCGUACAGCCACUGGCUCCGUGCAGCCCCUGGCUCUGCGCGGCUUAGAAAACUGCGUUGUUGUGAGCGAGAGAGAGAGAGCCAGAGGGGGCAGGGGGGUGGGUGGCAGUGACUGAGCUGCAACUCGCCGACCGAGAGUUGUGCAGCAGCAGCAGCAGGGGCAGCAGGGGCAGCGGCUGCUGAUGCCGGGACGCGCCACGUGGCCCGUGCACAUCCAAUGAUCAGCGACUGAGCAAAUAACUAAAAAAAAACAACCUCCCACGGGAACGAAAAGCACUCGCAGUCACACUCACGACCAGGCAGGCAGACGGUAACGCGUAAUGAAAAGUGAAUGUAGGAGUGAACAAUAAAGGAGGGCCCAGUGCUAAGUACGCAGACGAAAGAGGUGGCGUGGGAGUGAGAGUUUGUUGGGGGGGAAGGAGGAGGAGGAGAGCUCUGGCUUCUGGGCUGGGGGAGAUGGACGCUGCCCGUGCCCUGCUUCUCGUCCUGCUCCUCACGCCGCUCGCCUGCUGCUCCACGGCUCCAGGAGAGGAAUAUUCAGAUAUAUUUGCAAUCCAAGUUCCGGACGUGGGUGGAUGCCUCGUGGGAGAGUCCUCAGGGCUGGGCUUGGUAGAGAGCUGUAACUCAUCAGAGCCUGCUCAGCAGUGGAAAUGGGUGUCUCGCCAGCGACUUUUCAACUUGGGGAUGUCUCGCUGUCUCGGGGUGGCUCCGGUGCAACCGAGUGGCAGUAUUGCAAGUAAAUCGCCCAGCUUGAACGCAUCAGAAACGGACGCUGAAGAUGAUCAGACUGAGCAGCCUGCCUUAUAUGAAUGCGAUGUGGAGGAGAUGCAGCUGCGUUGGGCAUGUGGAGAUGAUGAGCAGCUGAUCAUUCCACACAGAGGGAAGCUCAGUCUGCGUGGAGCCAUCGGUGCCCAGGCUCCGUUUGAGCUGCACCCUAAGAAUGGAACGCGACUGCUGAUCUAUGGCACUCAGGAUAACCUGUGCUUACGACCGUACCGUGAAAUAUAUACUAUCCAAGGAAAUUCCCAUGGUCGGCCGUGCGCUAUCCCGUACAAGUAUGACCACCGGUGGUAUCACUCCUGCACAGGGGAUGGCCGUGAUGAUUGGCAUCUGUGGUGUGCCACAUCAGCCGACUAUGGCACCGAUGAACUUUGGGGCUUCUGUCCUGUCAAGCUUCCGGACUGCAGUGUGUUCUGGGACACGGAUCCUGUGACUCGAAACUGCUACCAGUUCAAUGUGCAUGCUGUGCUUUCAUGGCACGAGGCACGCACCAGUUGCCUGCAGCAAGGCUCCGACCUCCUUAGCAUCACGGAGAUGCAUGAGCAGACCUACAUUGCCGGCUUUCUGAGUGGUUUUGGAGCCAUUAUGUGGAUUGGACUCAAUGACUUGGACUCGGAUGGUGGCUGGCAGUGGUCUGAUGGCUCUCCGUUAAAGCUCCUUAACUGGGACCAAGGACACCCUUCAGAAACGGAUGGACAGAACUGCGCCCUUCUCCGUGCCGAGUUUUUCAGCAAGUGGCAAACCAAGGAGUGUGCGGCUGCACUGCCCUAUGUUUGCAAGAAGCGCCUCAAUAUCACCUCCAUACAGAUACCCAACGAGAGCUGGGAGAAUCGACCGACCGUGUGCCCUCGCGGCUGGGUACCAUUCAACGGGAGCUGCUUUUGGCGCGAUGCAGAGAAACGAACGUGGCAGGAUGCGUUGGCACGAUGCCGGUUAGGAGGUGGCGACCUUCUGAGCCUACACGGCUUGGCAGAUGUCGACUUCCUAGUUCAGCAUGUGCUUAGUGAUGGGGAAGAGGUGUGGUUGGGUCUUAAUGACCUCAAGACGAAGAUGGUGUUUGAAUGGUCUGACUUCACACCGGUCACCUUCACGUUCUGGCAUCCUCGCCAUCCAAACAGUCGCCCAGGAGAGGGCUGUGUCUCUCUCUGGGGCAAGGAAGGUCGUUGGAAAGAUGGACCAUGCGAUGCCAAGAAGGCUUCUGUGUGCCGGGCACCGGGAAGUUUGUCAGAGGCCCAGCCGGACUCGCAGGAGGGCGGCACCCCAACGGAAUGCCCCAAGGGUUGGGAUUUACACAAUGGAUUCUGCUACCUCAUUGGCGAAGAGCUGACCGACUUCCAGAAUGCGUGGACACGCUGUUCCCAGCAGCAGGCCACCUUGGUGUCCGUCACGAGCAGGUUUGAGCAGGCAUUUGUGAGCAGUCUGGUUGGGCCACGCGUAGGUGACUCAUUUUGGACGUCUCUGCGAAACACGGGUGGCUUGGACAGUUUCCGAUGGCUGGGUGGGGAGCACGUGACCUUCACCAACUGGAACCGAAAUGAGCCUGCUCACAGGGGAGAGUGCGUGGUCAUGGUGACCGGGGUAGCAGCUGGCCUGUGGGAAGUGCACGACUGCGUCUCGUUCCGUGCCAAGCGCGUGUGCAAGAGAGCGAGCAAGAUAUCUGGGACAGAGCAAGGGGGCUCCCUCGCGCCGGACCCCACUCCCAGCCUCACCGGGCAGUGCCCCCUUCGAUGGGAUUCCAUAGCCACCCUUCCAUACUGCUACAGGUUGCUGCACUUUGCAGAUGCGGGGAACAUGAAGUCAUGGGAGGAGGCAGACGGGUAUUGCCGAGAGCUGGGGGCCACACUGCUGAGCCUGAGGGACCCAGCUGAGGGUCGCGCCGUCUCCACGCUCAUCCGUGGCCUCCUGGGAGAAUCUGGAGAACAAAACGAGCGGUGGCUCUGGAUUGGACUGAAUAGCCGCAAUCCGGGACUUAUCAAGUCGUGGAAAUGGAGUGAUGGCACUGCACUGUCGUUCUCGGAUUUUGAAGAGGGACAUGCGGAGGACGACGAGGCUGUGCGGGAUUGCGCCGCGUUGGGCUCGCGGGGAAAGCAAUGGCGCAAGCUGCGGUGUGACACGCGCCUAGAGUGGAUUUGCAAGAUUCCCAGAGGUUCCAAAGGAGACAAGGAUGAAAUCCCACUGAGCGGCGACACGCAGUGGCUGCAUCACCAGGGCGAUGAGUAUCUGUUUGUGCAGCAACCCUUGAGCUGGAUCCACGCCCGCCUGUCCUGCACGCUGAUGGGCGGCGAGCUGGCCUCCGUGCGUGACAGGGCCGAGUUUCUAUACCUGUUGCACACCAUGCAGAAGCUGUCCAAGGCCUCGCUGCAGCAGUGGUGGAUUGGACUCAGCAUGCUGGAUGGUGAUAGUGAACUUCAGUGGUCGGAUGGUUCAUUGUUGACGUUCAUGGCAUGGGCAGAAAGCAGACCGAAUGCAGCCCGCAAAUUCCAGACCUGCGUCUACAUGUCUGCCAACAAGGGUACUUGGGGGGACAUGCGCUGUGGGAUGAAGCUCCCAGCAGUGUGCAAGCGCUGGAAUGUCACAAUGCCAGUUCCAAUUACUCCUCUACACCCUGCCACGUCAGGCUGGGGGAACUGUCCUGAUGGCUGGCAUGUUUUUGGAGAUAAGUGCUUGGGAUUUGUGGAUGGGCCUGGGCAGGCAAGGACGUGGAUGGGUGCUAAGGAGUACUGCGAGAGCCAGGAUGCAACCCUGGCCACCAUUGCAAACCAUCUCGAGCAAGCAUUUAUCAUCUUGAAAUUGGCACCGGGACAAGACAGCUACUGGGUGGGACUGCAUGUGCGUGCGAGCGUGGGGGCAUUCACGUGGCUGGAAGAACACAAUGUCACAUUCACCAACUGGAUGCAUCCUGCUUGGGUCAACACAGACAAAGCAGACCAAGGGAGCAACGACAAGAUUGACUUUGUGAGUUGCGUGCUGGUGUGGAAUGGCCCUCCACUCCAUUUUACCGGCAAGUGGGACAGCCGGAACUGUGUGCUGGAGGAGCACAACUUUAUCUGCCAAAAAUACAAAGACCCGGCACUUCCAUCUCCGUCACCGAUCCCAGACCCGCUCGCUGUGGACACACUGCGUAUGGAUAAUGUAACGUACACGAUGGUGCUGUACAGCCUGUCGUGGCCUGAGGCGGCGUGGCUCUGUGAGCGCCGUGACACGGUGCUGGCCAGCAUCAUGGACCCGCGACACCAGGCGUUCCUCACACUCGUGCUCGACCGCGUGGCAUCGCCGCUGUGGAUCGGCCUCUCCAGCUUUGAUUCAGGUGGCUUAGGCUACGAAUGGAUUUAUGAUGAUCACGUUCCCUACACACACUGGAUGCGAGGCGAGCCCCAGACGAUCGAGGGCUGCGUCUAUAUCGAUCGUGACAGCUGGUGGAAGGUGACAGGCUGCAAGACGCUCCUCAAGGGUGCCAUCUGCAUGAGUCGACAAGAAGCGGUUCCCGUUAAGAGUACCAUCCAGGGGCAGUGCCCGCACUCCAUCAACAGCUCGUCCUGGUUGCCUUUUCGUGGAAACUGCUACGCCUUCUAUCCGGAGCGCACCACAUACCAGGAUGGUGCAGCACAGGCCUGUGCCUCCAUCCAUCCCCAGGCCAAACCACUGUCCAUUCAGGAUGAGCAGGAGAAUACCUUCGUGUGGGAAAACCUGCAGCCCUACCAACAGCACAUAUCAAGCAUCUGGCUCAGCCUCAGCUAUGACACUGAUGUUGGUGACCUGCGCUGGGCGGAUGGCUCAGAGCUCCUCUACACCAACUGGGCGCACGGCGAUCCACAGGGCCUCAUGGAUGCCGAUCUGUGUGCGUGGAUGGUGACAAGUACUGGGAAGUGGGAGCUGGUUACAUGCACCACCCCCGGCCUUGGCCUCAUAUGCAAGAUGCCUCGAGUGAAAGAUUCAGAUCACAGCACCCAUAUGAAAAUCAAGACGUACGGCUUUCUUGUGGAUGUCUUGGGCCUUGUCCUCAUGCUGCUGGGCGUGGUUGGGGCUUUCCUGCUCAUCUGCUGGAUAUACCGCAGUCGGCGGCGCCGCCAUAACGAAGCCCGCAGGCUCCGUGUAGACUGCGCCAGUGACAGUUAUGAAACGAGGGGGCCACAGGGCUGUUCCACUUUCCAGAAUGCACUAUAUACACGUGGAGGUGGCGGUAGCCGGGCUCUAGAGGGAAGCGGUAGUGAUAGAAAUCUCCUGGUGAGUGAAAUUGAAGUCAACGAAGCUAUGGAUUAGCUCGGUGAAUGAUCGUCUUUGUUGUCGUUUCCUUUAUUACUUUUGCUCUGCUUGUUAACAGCGACAGCUGUAAUAGAACUGGAAGUAUUUUUUUUUUGUAUCACCGAAUAGGACAGCAUUCUUGUUAAAAGGCUGAAUUCUGCCUUGUGCUAUCGAAAAGAAUUGUUAAAGAUCAAGUAAAUGGUACAUUUUUUUAUAUUUCACCAUCGUAAAGUUACGAUGUGUUAUCCUCUAGAGGUGUGAAAAUAUACAGGUUAUAAAAGUGCAUUUUAGUGUCCAUAAUUUAACACAACUAAUUCAUCUCCCAUUGUUUACUCAUCCACUUUUCACCUAUAAUGUGCCCUGCCUAUUGUGAUUGCAUUUGGUAUGAGCCGAGCUUUUCAUAGGUUUUUUACUUCCUAGUUUUUUUUGAUGCGGUUGAUUAAAAUAAAUGGAACAUAAGAUAAACCUUAAAUACUACGUGAUCAUUAAUUACUUUAAAUGAUCAAUUAAACAGUGUUUAAACAAUUCUGUCUGCAGAAAUGCAAUGCCAUAAUUUCAGUUACAUUUUAUUGCGUGUUCUAGCUUGAUCCUUAUUUUACCAGGGAAGCUUUUAUUUUAUUUUGUAGUAUAGGGUUAUUCUCAAAUGUAACCUUUCAAUCACGACACAGGUCCUUUGUGGUUUCUUUUUAGAAAUUGGUUCCAUGCUGUCUCAAUUCCUGUACGAUUUGGUUAUUGCACCAAAUUCAUGUGUAAGGUUUUGGCCCAGUUCACCGGGCAGAAUGGAUUGAACUCCAUUCCCCCAUAAAAUCCACCGCCAAUCGCUAGCCGGAGGGAGUUGCUGAAGGAGAAUCAAGGUCGUGCUUGCUGCCAUCAGCGCACAUUCCAGCUGGUGGCCCGAGCCAACCAAUCAAGGCUUCAUCUCUCCUCCACCAAGGAGCAGAAUAGCAGCGCAAAUCCAAUGGCAGCUUAACGUUUGUUAAAAGAAACUGAAGACAAUGUUGAAUAUGCUGAUAAUAAUGAUGAACAAAAAUAAUUUUUAUAGCAAUAAUUGCGAUGAUCAACAUGAUAACAAAGACAAUUAUAAUUUCUAUGACUUUUAUAACAUCAGUUUCUGAAUGUCCAUGGCAUUUCCCGUACAAUUCAAGAGGAACGAAAUAGGUGCUCAAAUUAUCCCGGUACCUCUGAAAAUAUUUUUUGCAGCAUGGAGGCAUCAGGCACAUUAAGUGACAAUGCAAUGUUGGCAGCAGUGGGCAGUGCAGAAAAAUCCAUGCUGUCAUGCUUAUGCUCAGUCUUCAAGCCACACAGCCCAGCAUUCAAGUAUGGCACAAAUAACCUCCUGAUCCGCAUGACCUAGGGAGGCCCUCAUCCAGCAGUGGAUUGACAAGUACACAAGUUUCCACGUCCACGUUCCCUGCACGAGCUUCAUCCCCCCCCCCCAGGUGCAAUUGUUGGGAUUCUGUGCGAUGGAAAAACGUUUCCGCCAACGUUGGCUCAUUCUGCAAUUGUGGUUUGUGCAGUAGCGUAAUAGGCUCUUUAAAAUGGGGAAUUGGCCCCGAAUGAAUUGAAAAAUGUGGAAUGUGGCUGACUUUCCACAAAAACAACUAUUCUGCCAACAAUAGCUCCAUGAACUGGCUCCAUAGUGAUUUAAAGCUUUCGUGACUGCAGGGAUUCAUAUUCUUGGUUCUUUCUGUAAAGUCUUUAUUGUUUCCCUUCUACGGACUUUACCGAACGAACCAAGAAUAUGGCUCCAUAGUGAUUUAAUCAAUACAGCAUGAGGAAGGCAUCCUUAGGUGAGGUUAUAGACAUUAACCGUUGACUCCUGCAAUGAUCCAGUGAUUGUCACAAUAAUCUCAAGGCUAAACAGCAUUCAUACAUCACUUAAUAAUAAGAUACUUACAGGGUAUAUCGUAAAAAAUGGGACCAGAUCCUGUUUUAUCAUUGAAACAGGAACACCUUGUGUAAAACUCACCAUGAUUAUAUGACGUUUGUUUGCAAUGCCACCGUUAACAAAAGGUUCAAGAUGAUGGACUUUUUAUCUAGUGUCUGAUUGCAAGGGAUAUAUUGUUUAAAUUGAAAUUGUUUUAAUUUACAAGCAUAUCGUGUCCUAAAAUGAGGAGAAAGCCAAAUAGAAAAUGUAUAGGUCUGUUUCUUUUUAUAACUUUAUAUUUUUACAAUUUCCAAAGACAUCUAAGAAUGUGCGAGCGAUCAAUAUAUGAUAUUUCCAGGAAUACGAUUGAUCUUUUUCAGUAAAUGUUUUGAUACAGCUGCUUCAUAUGCAUGUGAUAUAUUUGAUAUUUGACUUUAAAGAUAAGAUUUUACAUUCAGCAUUCAAGGGAUGUGAUCCAUCUCUGACUUUGGAAACUGGGUUAAGCUUGUUGAAAUGACCAAAGAUACAUUUUAAACAUGAAAUAUUAACAUUUUGGCUCAGUACCCACUUCAUAAAUGUUCUGACAAUCUGGCUGGCUUCAAAGCAAGAAAGAAAGCAUGUUUUACAAUUAAACAUUAAUAAGUUGCACUUUAGAACUAUCGGUCUGCCAGUACUGUAUAUAUUAGGAGAUUCAAGUUAGCAAAAAUGUUCCGAUUUCAAGGAAAGGAAAAUCAUGGAACCAUACUUCUCACACACUGAUGAAGUAAAUGUGCAGUAUAAUGCUCUUUUUACAUUGUACAAGAAUAAAAGUGUGGUCGAAUGACAGUCAUGUGACUGUUGUUGUGAGGGAGCAUGCACAACUAUCGUGGAAGUUGUUGAACACUUAGUGGGAAAAAAUAAGUUUUCUGUUAUCAUUGCAUAGAUUUACUUACAGAAUUUGAAUUGACAAACUUGAUCAAUAUAAUUUUGCAUCAGAGAUGAUGGUAAAAUACCCGAAGUAAAGCAAAACUGGAUUGCUUUUGCUACACCGUCAGUUCCACGUGCAUCCAAUGUGUGUUUUUUUUUAAAGAAAUGAAGCAUUCCUUUCAGUGUGUGCACUCGUCUGUGCUGGCUCCUGGGUUGCGUAAAGUGAGUUUUUAAUGGACAGCGACUUGGUCGUAACACGUGCCAACAAGGACACUCAGUUGAUUUUGAUGUUGAAGUUCUGUGCAAAACUAGCUACUACUGGCCAAGACUAGGGAAUCUAUCGAAAUUGAAAUAAAUAAAACAUAUUUUUAACCGUUCGGAUAGCCACCGACUUAUUGCUGCGUGGAAGCGAAUCAUCAAAUAAUACGUUCUUUAAAUGCGUGCCUAUACGGGGCACCAUAUUUCAAUAGGGAUUACCGUUGGUACGGCUAUUUUAAUGCACACAAUGGACAGGAAGGUCAAGCUCAAAGGGCUCGCAUAAUGUGCAUGCAUAAUGUACGUUGGCUCAUUAAUAUCCCCCCACGUGGCGCAAGAGCGCGCAGAAGCGUGGUCACCACAUCUACGCCUCUAUAUAAGGAACGAAACAGGUGGACUUCUCCACAUAUCUGGAUGUCGACUGAUGAAGCUAGUGGUAAUUACUGGCGAAACGUCGUACUCUGAUUGUAAAUGUUGUGGCUUGGCUCUCCAACACACCGGCGUGCUGUACUAGUGACGAAUUGGCAUGUUCUGUUUACGUGACAACCCUUACUAGUUGGCUGUGUCGGGUGGUGGUGGAUUUUAACGACACAUAUUUACGCGAUCUAACCCAAACAAACGUCUGUUAUGAACUUUAGUAUUAGUGCCUUUGUCUCCACACACAAUUUACAAUGCAAUGUCUGUAUGCCACACUACUGUGCUUAUAGCUCACCGUCAGGGCUCAUAGGUCUCAACUGCAUUAUUCUGUAAAGCCCCUGGUAUCUGCCAUCGUUAUCAUUCUGUGACUCGUCUAUGCAAUGUAUUGUGCUAUAAUGAUACAAGUUGUAUCAUAACUUAAACAUUAAUGUUAAAUUUGUAUGCUGUUUCAAUAAAAGUGAUUUUCAAGCA